AUGGCCAGCGGUGACCGAAGGCAUGGAAAGGAACCGGCGGUGGUGGCGGAGGACAACUUCCCGGAUGGGCUGCGCGUGCUCGCCGUCGACGACGACCCCGUCUGCCUGAGGGUCCUGGAGGCCGUCCUGCGCCAGUGCAACUACAAGCCAACGAUAGUGACGGAUGGAAGGACGGCGCUGAAGAUGCUGAGGGAGGAAGGCGAGGAGCAGUUCGACCUGGUGAUCACCGACGUGCACAUGCCGAACAUGGACGGCUUCCAGCUCCUAGAGAUCAUCGGCCUCGAGAUGGAUCUGCCAGUCAUCAAUAAUCAUACAAAACCUGAAAUUUCAGAUGACCACUUUACAUGUAUAAGAAAAUUUUCUGGGAGGAGGGUGGGGCAACCAGUGAUUGUUGAGGGUGGCGCAAAGAGUAAGAAGUGCUCAAAGAAGAAGAUAAAUGAUAGAGAAGGUUCUGAUGACAACAGAGAAAGCAGGAGUGUUCGGACCACCCGGAAUAAACCAAGGGUGUCAUGGACCGGUGAGCUGCACAACAGGUUCCUGGAAGUUGUCAACCAACUCGGCAUCGACAGGGCGGUUCCAAAGGCGAUAUUACAAAUGAUGAAUGUCCGUAACCUUAGUAGGGAGAGUGUUGCGAGCCAUUUACAGGUUUAA